CUCGUGUACUUUAUCAAAGGCGGCGCGUCGCGAGGAGACACCACACUGCGACACCAUGAAAUCUACUUUCGCGUCUUCGUGUUCCCAAUUCGUUGUUUCUCACCUUCCCCAUUCCAUCGCUCGCCCGCAUUCCAAGUCGACAUUCAGCUGGCCUCCGUCUUCUCAGUGUCGUAGCUCUCGUGUCCGUCGUCGCUGCUGUCCGUGUUUCCCAGCAUCGCCGCCACGGCUUCCAUGGCGGACGUCAAGUGCCUUCACCCGUCCGUCUCGCCAGUGCGACUCUCUGGCACCGCCUCAUCCUUCCCCGAGAUGACGCUCCCUUCAGACACAGGCUUUACGGAGUUCAUUCCACCGGAGUUCCUGUGUCCUCUGUCGGGCGACAUCAUGCGCGACCCCGUCAUCGCGCCGUGGGGCCAGUCGUACGACCGCCUUGGCAUUAAGCACUUCCUUGCGCAGGGCGGCUGCCUCUGCCCCAAGACGGGGAGGCCACUAACGGACUGCGCGCUCAUCCCGAACGACGCCCUCCGGCAGCUCAUUGCGGCUUGGUGCGACGCUCACGCCAUGCCCGUCCCUUCCCCCCCUCCUCCGCCUCCUCCGCUUAUCGCCGCGUCUCCCCUCGCUGCCUCUCAAGCCGUGCUCCCUGUUCGCUCAGCGCCAGUUGUCGUAAGCGCGCUCGCUUCUCCCCCGCACCGCUCGCCGUGCUCGCCCCUGCCGUCGCCCUCUCCGCUGCAGCGCCGCCACUCGCUCCAACCGAACCGCAUCUCCUCCGCUCGCGGGGGACACGGGGAAGAAUCUCUGGCGUCACCCGCGGCGAGUGCGAAUGGGGUGGUUCCGUGGCACAUGGGCCGCACGGGCAGCAGCCGGUCGCUGUGUCGCACCAUGUCGCCGCUCUCCGAGACCGCCUCGCUCCACUGGACCGCUGCCUCCAGCGCCGCCGCCAGCCCCUCAGCGGCGCACCUCGCUAGCCCCCACCGCCACAACCACCAGCUCGCUGCCACGUCAGCAGACGAUGCUGCUGACGCGGCUCUCAGCUCGUACCUUUCCUCCAGUGCGGCGCUCGCCCACCGCCAGCUGCAGUGCGCCAACUCGCCGCAUGGCACCCGCCGCCGCAGCAAGGACGCGCCCGUGUGCGAGAUGCGGCCGCUGGUGGACGCACUGCAGAACGCUGACGUGGCAGUGAGGCGAGACGCGGCGCAUGCCAUCCACGUGGCAGUGAAGGAAGCGGCGGAGAAUCGCAUGAGGCUGGUGCAGGCGGGCGGGGUGGCGCCGCUGCUGGGCGUGGUGAGGUGCGAGGAGCACAGCACGGCGGAGCGUGCAUGCGCCGCUCUGCUGUAUCUGUGUGUGGCUGGGGAGGCGGCGAGGGAGGUGGUGGCAGGCGGUGGCAUCCACGUGCUGGUGGACGUGCUGAGAGCGGCAGGUGAGGCGGACAGGCAGGGGGGGGCGAGUGAAGCCACCAUGGCCAAUGCAGCAGCUGCCCUCUUCACUCUGUCAUCCACCAAGGAGGAGAGGCGGCGCCUUGUGUGCUCCGCUGGUGCCGUGCCGCACCUGGUGCGGCUCCUUGAGACAGCAGAGACAGCCCGGGCACAGAAGGACAGCUGCCUGGCGCUGUAUGGCCUGGUGACUGUGCGGCAGGCAGCAGAGCAGGCCGUGGUGCUGGGAGUGGUGCCGCUGGCAGUGGCUCUGCUGGAGAGGCAAAGCGAGGGGGUGGAGGAGAAGGCUGCGUCGCUGCUGGCUGCACUAGCGCGGUCCAAGGUGGGCGUAGAGGCCAUUGGAGCGGAUGACGAUGCGCUGUGCACGCUGGUGGAUGUGAUGGAGGGGAGCUCGGAGCUCGCUGCUGGCAAGGCAGCGUCCACACUGCUGGCAUUGGCACGGCAUGGCGGGGAUGCCAUGGUUAGUAGAAUAAUGGCUGAGGGGUGCCUCCCUCCACUGGCCAAGCUAGCAGCAAGAAGCAAGGCGGGGUCUGAUUCUCGUGCUUUGUUGGAAGUUCUUAGGAACGUCAGUCAAAGCAGGAAGUAGAUUGUCCCUUACGUUUCUAUGUAUAUUUGUGAUCACAGUCUUCAUGAAAACCUUCAUGUACAAAAUGGGGGAGAUCUCAUGCCAUG